AUGUUGUGCCACAUUUUACGCGCGUCACUUGGGGACGCUCGCUCUUCUGCGCGCGCUGGAAUUAGCGGCGCAACACGACGGCAAGCGCUCUCUCGUCGUUCGCAAGUUUGCGCACGUCAUGCACCCUGUUCUACGCGCUUCUCUCACGCGCACGGAGCGUUUCUGCGCGCCGCGGGCCGCUCGUUCAGACAGGAAACCGAAAGUGUUCCUCCUACUUUUACUUUCCCUUCUAUGCUGCAGCAAAGCAAGGCGCUCGCAGCUCGAACAGAUGCAACUUUUUUCUCGAGAUAAUUCCUGCAAAGCAGGUGCGCUGAGCAGGAGGGAAGAAAGGAAUUGUCGCCCGGGGGGGGGGGGCGCUCAAAAGCCAGGCAUUAAAUGACUUUUUUGGGGGAACGAUGGCUCACCUGUUGGGGGUUUUUAAAGGAGUGUAGAAGAGCACUUGGGUGACCUCGCGCCUCAUGUGAGAGACGCUCGGACCCGCUCGGGCUCCAGGGGUGCCUUUUGUUUGCCGGAGGAUCGCUCUGAGAAGGUCACCUGGGCGGGUGGGCGCGCGGGCCGCGGACAUGGAGGUGAACGGCAGGAACAUGCGCUUGAGAGAGUGGCUCAUCGCGCAGGUGGAGAGCGGCAAGUAUGCGGGGCUCAGCUGGGAGGACCAGGAGAAGUCCAUGUUCAGGAUCCCGUGGAAACACGCGGCCAAGCAGGACUACAAGCAGAGCGAGGACGCGGCCCUCUUCAAGGCGUGGGCAGUGUACAAGGGGAAGUACCGCGAGGGCCGAGAUCCCCCCGACCCCUCUGUGUGGAAGACCCGUCUGCGCUGUGCCCUCAACAAGAGCACAGACUUCAGGGAGGUCUCGGAGCGCAGCCAGCUGGACAUCUCAGAGCCCUACAAGGUGUACAAGAUCCAGCCCGAAGGCAGCAGGGCCACAGAGUCUCCAGGGACGCCCUCCGUCUGCCGCGUGAGUCCACCUGCCGCCGCCCCUCGUCCACAGACGAACGGAGGUGAUGGACAGCAGCAGGUCUCUGCUAAGAUGAACGUGAACAUGAAGCCCGUCUCCAUUACUUACGAUGGCCCUGCAAAGGGGGAUGCGUGUUCCUGGCCCGCGGCAGGAGAGCUGCCUUCCGAAGCCCUCGCUCCCAUGGCGCCCGUCUCCUACCCAGACACUUUGCAGAUCACAGACUUCCGGCUGCGGGUGCGGCUCUUCUACCAGGGCCGCCUGGUGCGGGACUUCAGGACGAGCACGCCGGAGGGCUGCCGAAUCCUGCACGGCACGGUGCCCGCCGAGAACGAACGCAUCUACGGGCCCUGCGCCGUGGAGCCGCUGCGCUUCCCGCCGCCCGUUCCCGCCGGGGUCUCGCCCACAGCGGCCGGGGCGAUGCUGCGUCUGCUGCCCCACCUGCAGCGCGGCGUGGUCCUGUGGAUGGCGCACGACGGCGUGUUCGCCAAGCGCUUCUGCCAGGGACGCGUGUACUGGGACGGGCCGCUGGUGCAGAGGCGGGACCGGCCCAGCAAGCUGGAGCGCGAGAAGACCUGCAAGAUGCUGGACAUGGCCGCACUGCUGCAAGAGCUGCAGCAGUUCCUGCAGAAGGGCAGCCCCCGGCCUCGCUACAGGAUCGACCUCUGCUUCGGAGAAGAGUUCCCCGAUGCCGACAAGUCCCUGUCGCAGAAGCUCAUCACGGCACGUGUGGAGCCCCUGUUUGUCAGGAAGCUUCUGAUGAACCUGAACCCGCCGAGCCCCCCGAGACAGGGAGCGGAACCGGGAGCCGAGGCGCAGGAGGACGGGUGCGGCGCCGACGACGUGCCGAGAGCCCGUCGGCUUCACGUCGCCCCUUCUCACCAAACCCCGGAAACCGAGCCUCGGCACCACGCUCCGUAACCCGGCGGGGAGCCGGAGAGGGAGCGGUUUCGCGCCCCGAUCCCUGAGCUGUCCCUGGGGUGCCUGCGCUGACAGACUCGGCGAGAUGGAACCAAGCCGGAGCGGCGUUUCGGCCUCGCCUCUGGGCGCAGACCCACCACCGAUGUCUUUUUCAGAAGCGUAGAGCCUCGGUGUCCAACCACCUUAUGGCGUGAAAAUGACCUGCUCGUCAUAUGUGAAUUUUGAUUUUUU